AUGGUUGCCUUCUGUGUCCAAUCUCUCCUGUGCAUCUUGGGAGUUGCUUCCCUUGCCACAGCUGCAGCCGUUGAUACUACCCAAGCAUGGCAGUUGAGCCAGUAUUGUUGGGCUAACACAAAUGCAGGCAACCAAUUUUAUACUGUCAAUAACGGAGACACCUGUUGGGAUAUAAUCGCCCAUAACCAGAAUAGAUUCACAAUGACCCAGCUUUUAUGCUGGAACACCGAUAUCAACCCAUGGUGCUCCAACUUGAUCCCAGGCCGACAGGUCUGCAUUGGAGUUGAGCGCCCUGGACCCAUCUGCUAG